UUGUAUUCCGUCUCCGUUGUCGGCAAUAAUUAAAUACUCGUUCGCAAAAACAUCGAAUAAUUCUACGAGAGAAUCUUGUAAGAAUUUAAGAAUAUAUUAAAAAUAGAAAAGUGAAUAAGCAAUUUCGGUGCAUACAUAAACAUAAACAUCAACAAGCGAUCAAUAAAUCAAAGCUUGCAACUGCAAUUUUGGAUGCAAAAUAACCGAAAAUUGUUUUGAGAGGCGGAAAGACGGUUUUUUUCACGCCACAGAUAAUUGAGUGAUAUCGCACAAAGUAAACAAAAGGCAAAAAAUUACAAAAUUUCUGCUAAAAAACAAAAAUCCAUUCACAAAUUGUAGAAAAUUGUUAAGUGAAGCGAUAAACAAAGUACAAAAAAAAAUUCGUUAUCAGCAAAUACAGCUGUAGUGCGAUAAAAAAUUAACAAGAAAUAUAAAAAAAAAUCCAACAAGAAAUUUUCUGCUGGCUUGAAAUUACGAAAUUCGGAUUAUUUACAUUGCAGCUGUUGUCCUCGGCACCCCUAAAAUCAUUUUCAGCAAAAAACACACACACGAAAUAACAAAUCCUUUUUGUAACAAUGGCAACGCGCAGUCCUCCGCCAAUUCCCCCUCCAAAGCCAAAAUAUAAAACAGAAAGCUCCGACUUGAACAGCAACAAUAACCAUUUGCCCACAAACAACAACACACUUCCUCCCGAGAAUGAACAAGUAGUGAUGACUCCGCGCGGCAAAACAAGUAACUCCACGGUGCUGCUCAUCGAGCGCAAAUUGGUCGAAGAAGUAAACGAUCGCACGCAUGUCGCAGGCGGCGAACACAAAGGCAUCAUCAUCAACAAAGAUCAAGUCAAAGAUCAAAAAUCCCAAAAAACUCCGCCGCAAUUGAGUUUGGAGUUUCGCGUUUUUCUCGUAAGCGCAAAUACGGGAAAGCAUUCGCAGGAAUCUCGUACGUUGCGAUUUUGGUUCCGUAGUUGGAUCACAAAUGGCGAGGAACAAGCCCAUGUCGCGCAAGAUUUCUUCCGUGAACUCGUUCAACCGCAAGAAUUUCCGCGAGACUACGUUGGAUUCAUCAAAAAGAUCAUGAAAUUGUUGCAACAUGGCUACAAUGAGAUACAAGCUGUCGAAAUUGAACUUCGCAUACUCGAGCAAACCUCUGCUCCGCCAUCAAGGCCACUUUCUUCCGAAGACUCUCAAUUCGAAGUUGUUCCAUUGACACCCGAGAAAGUUUUGGAGUUUGUCGAACAAGCAUAUCCAAACCCCGUCAAUCCAGAAGACUUGGCACGCGAUUAUGGUUGGUCCGAAGAAGAAGUUCUCAAAGUAUUGAUUGCUUUGAAGGCACGUGGCUUGAUCAAAUCCAUGGAAUAUAACUCGUUCACGCGUAUCCAUCACGAAGACAAGGAGAUCAAAGUUGUCAAGCAGAUGCCGACGAUCGCUUCAAACAAACAACCCACAAUUGCAAUUGUUACCGCGCAAUAUUGCGAAAAGCUCGCCGUCGAUGCCAUGUUGGAGAACAAGGAAACGUUUGUGCGUUACACGACUGUCGGAACUUCGCCUGAGAUAAAUAUGAAUGGCGGAUCAUCGUCUCCAACUCAAAAUGACCCAAAAAAUUCAAAAUAUCGACGGUUCGGUGAAUCCAAUGUCUACACUCUCGGAAAUAUCGGCGCCCAUCGCAUUGUAACCACAAAAUUGCCUUCCGUUGGCAACUCCCGCGAAGCUACAACCGCUUCUGGCAAUACAACAACCCGUCUUCUCGGCACAUUCCAAAAAGUCGAUUACGUUUUUGUCGUUGGCGUUGCGGGAGGCGUUCCCCAUUACACGGAUUUCCGCAAACACGUGCGUUUGGGCGACGUUGUCGUAUCCACAGCACUCGCAGAUCGCAGUAGCUCCAUGCAAAACGGGCAAAUGAAUGGCCAGAACAAGCCCUAUUGCUACGUUUACAGCAACUCCGAAGACGGCGAAGUGAAAAAAUAUUAUCCCGUCAACGCUUGUUUGCAAGAAAUCGCUGCGAGUUUGCAAGAACACUCGGAUAGUCGAAAACCAUGGGAGCUGUAUCUCGAUGAUGGCUUGGCAGAGUUACGGGAAAAGAUUGAAAAUGAUUUUUCACGUCCUGCAGCGAAUACGGAUAAGCUUUAUAUGAAUAUCGGCAAUCGAGAUGUCAUCGAAGUUGCUCAUCCCGUGAAUCCGAAUGCAGAAGAUGACGUCGAUGCACAAGGAAAAGUCACUUCUCGCAUCCAUUUGGGUCCAAUUGGCUCGGGACGAGAUUUGGUAAAGUCAGAUACGCGUCGAAUUGAGUUCGCACGCGAAUAUUCGUUGUUGGCGACGGAUUGUGAGAUCAAUACUGCUUUGGAUAGCAUCGUUGGAAAUUGUCGUGAUAGCUUCAUAAUCGUCAAAGGCAUUUCCGAUUACAAAGACGGUCUUUCGAACAAAAAAUGGCAAAAUUACGCUUCCCUCGCAGCUGCUUCCGUCGUUAAAUCCAUCAUUUGUGCGAUGGAUGCCCCAACCAACGUGUAAAUCUGCGGAUUUUUUGCACUAUUGUCACAUGUUAUCAUCAUCACGAUUGCCAUUUAUUAUUAUUUUUAAGGGAUUUCGAUUCUAGUGACGACGUAAAGAAAGCCAAAAUUAAUUUAGAAGAGUUUUUUUUAAGCAUUUAUCAGAAACGUACUUUAUAUUUAUUUUGUGAAAAAAUAUAUGUAUGAGCUUAACUCAAUUUCUUUAUUUGAGGAAUGAGUAGAAAAAUUUAACCAGUAGUCGAUUUAUGAAGAAAAAAAUGCCUUGAAACAUUUUUUGUACCAAAAUUCACGUUUGUUUUAGAAAAUAAUUAUUAGGAGCUUGAGACAACGAUAAAUACAUGCUGAUGCUAUUUAAAAUUAAGGUUCUAACAGUUUUUCAAUGUAAAAUUAUUAAAUU